AAUGCUCUAAAAUUACAUUCAGCCCCCCAAAGCGCCUCAGUGAAUUAUCCACCGCGAAACAAAGAGGAAUCUGUCGUACAAGAAAUAAGUUAUAGAUGAUCGGACUGCAAAUGUGCCAAGUCUGCUCCACAAUAAUCAGCAUUACAGGAUAGAUUUAAAAAAUCCUGUGUUGUUGGGGAUCAAAGUGGCUAGAAUUUGGAACUGAUGAGCGGUGAUCCGCAUCUGAAGGCAUCGCCCAGGACUCUGCGUGCGUAAAAUGGACUUGGAAGAGCUGCGGUGGAAGAUGCAAGGAAGUUAACGUUUUGUAAAUAACAAUACGGAAGCAAAACCAGAAGAUCCAAGCAAUUAAAUCUAUUUUUGAAUCACUGACAAUUUUGGAAAAAGAAACCAAGCAUGGCCACGCUUGUGAACACAGAUUGUUCCAUGGAUGUGAACAGCAAUGUGAGCCUAGGAGCAUCUUUCCCCUGCAACAAGAGUGUCCUAAAGCUUGCGCCCUACUCCCCUGAAGCCACUGCAGCCUUUGCCACUGCUAUCACUUUGAUGGUCCUCUUCACCAUUGUGGGGAACAUCAUGGUUAUCAUCGCUGUGCUGACCAGCCACUCACUACGAGGUCCACAGAAUCUGUUUUUAGUGUCCCUGGCUGCUGCAGAUAUUUUGGUGGCUACACUCAUAAUCCCCUUCUCCCUUGCCAACGAACUGCUCGGCUACUGGUACUUCAAGUCUCUGUGGUGUGAGAUCUACUUGGCACUGGAUGUGCUGUUCUGCACCUCCUCUAUUGUGCACCUGUGUGCCAUCUCGCUCGACCGCUACCUGUCCAUUUCCAGGGUCACCUACGGCCGGCAGCGGACAACAAGGCGCAUCAAAGGCGCCAUCGUGGUGGUGUGGCUCAUCUCUGCCAUUAUCUCCUUCCCACCUCUGCUCUCACUCAACAAAAGUGAAGGAGGAGCGAAAGGGAGUGAGAGGGGUCCUCAGUGCCAGCUGAAUGAUGAACGCUGGUACAUUCUUUACUCAACUAUUGGCUCCUUCUUUGCCCCAUGCCUCAUUAUGAUCCUGGUCUACAUAAGAAUUUACCAAAUCGCCAAGCAGAGAACAAGAUGCCCACCAGGAGAGCCCAGGAAGGACGGCACCGGGUGUGCCACUCCACAUCAAACUCCACGACAUGAACAAGCCAGUGGAAAGGAGGACAAAGAAAACAGGCCUCCUUUAGCAAAUAAAUCCCCCAAAACCAGAUCUCCAACACUGGCUAUCACUCCUCCUUCCCAAGGAGACUGUCAGGCCUCCCACGGUCUCGUCCAAAAUAAUCUCCUGCACCCUCCAUUGCUUUCUCCAUCUUUGAGCCCUGACCCCUCCCCACAUAAUAAUUCUCCCUCCGGCUCUUUGACCCCCUCCUCUGCACCUCAGUCUGGUCUAGCCAAGACUAGCGAACAAGAGAAGAAGACCAAGCGCAAGGCAGGAAAAAAAGCUGACAAUAAUAAUGGCGAUAGCUCAAGCACAGAGAGUGACAUGGACCACAGUCAGAACGGAGGCAGAGGCAACGCUAGCACGGCAGGUUCACCUGCAGAAGGGGGCGUCCACUCCCCAACCCUAGUCAAACGCUAUCGAGACAUGGUCACCACAUCUAAAGGGACUCACUUGGCACCAGGGAGGAGGUCAAAACCAGAGACCAGCCCUGGAGCGGCGAGGCGUAAAGCAAUGAUGAAUCGAGAGAAACGCUUCACUUUUGUCCUAGCAGUGGUCAUAGGCGUGUUCGUGGUGUGCUGGUUCCCGUUCUUCUUCUCCUACUCCCUUCAGGCAGUGUGCCCAGAGACUUGCACCAUCCCUGGACCGCUCUUUACGUUUUUCUUCUGGAUCGGUUACUGCAACUCCUCACUCAACCCAGUUAUAUACACCAUAUUCAACAAAGACUUCCGGAAGGCCUUUAAAAAAAUACUGUGCAGACAUACAAAGGGUACUUUCUUUUAAUGUACAGACCCAAAUUUUGCAGGCAAAAGAUAAAAGAAGACACAUAAAGACCACUACAAAGGGCUGUUUUAAAUAUGUGUUGAAUGGUGGAUUUUCCACUAUAAAGCUGAUAAUGGAGGCACUCUUUAACCACCACAAUGUGCACAAAUUGAGCAGCCCAGACUGUAAUAUGUUUUUGCAGCUGAUAUUAAUGGAUAUUGCUGGAACACAGUAUGAGAGGACAAUGAGUGUCGAAAAAAGAAAGAAAAAAAAAGCAUUCUGGGCCUGACAGAAAAAGAAAAACCUGCUGGUUAUUUACUCGUGGAGUAUAGACAAUUUCUAAUCCAAUAUGACUUUUAUAGACAACAUGACUAUUGCGAAUGAUAAAAUGAGUAAAAAAGAAGAAAAGUGACCUUAAA